UUAAUAGCAUCCCAUCGGUCUCCAAAUACAUCAAAAAAUUCAUUAUUCUUCUUCUGAAGUAACUCAUUCUUCAUAAGAAAAUUCAUCAAGAGAACAGUGAUGAUGUUAACAUUUUUUUCAUCAAUUUUACUUCAUAAAUUUUCUGGCUGAACUCAGUCUCUGUAGCUUUAAUUCAUCAAUUUGUUUAAGCAUUUUCUGCUUCUGUUUCUCAACUUUACUUUGCCUUCAUUUUCUCAUCUUCUUCUUCAUCAAUUUUACUUCAUAAAGUCUACAUCAUCUUAAUUUUCAUUAAAGUCUUCGUAAAAUCCACUUCAGAUAAAUGACGAGAAAGAAGAAAAUCUUAAAACAAAUUGAAAUUGAAGAAGAUUCAGAAAAAACUGAAUCAGAAGAAGAAACAAUGAUUCCAGUUAAAAAAGCAAAGAAAGGAGCAUCGAAAAAGAAAAUCAAAUCUAUGGAACGUAAUACUACAGAAAUAGAUUGUGAUGAAGAAAAAGGAGGAUCAACAUCGAAAAAAAACCCAGAUCUAAAUGUAGUACUACAUAAGUGGAUUCUGAUGAAGAAGAAGGAUCAAACCAUAAUAACAAAUAUACAUUGGAUAUGGAUAGCGAUGAAGAAGAAGAUUUGGUUCGCUGAGCAAACUAAGAUAGUGGAACCGAAUGAGUUGAGGAAAGACAAAUUUGUACCACGAGCAAGCAGGUGGAACCUGAAGCAUAUUUGCAAAGACUUACUCAAAGAUAUGGAUGCAUCAAACUAUUUGUUUCGAGAAAACUUCUUUGAUGAAAUAACUCAAAAUGAAAGAGUGGCACUUGGUAUGAUUGAAGAAGGUCGAAGUAUAUCUUUGGUAGAAAACAGAGAAGAAAGAAAUCAAAACUUGAGCAUGGAAAUCAAAGCAAGUUGGCAAGUAAUGCAGAAUUUGAUUGCUAAUAAUGAAGAAGUACACCCUAAAAUGGAAGAAAUGUUGAAUAAAUUGCACUUCCAAGCCUGUCCAAAAAAAUUAAAGAGUCUACCCAAUUCCUUUAAAUUGAAGAAUGAUACAACAGUUGAUUCUGAUUCUGCAAAAGAAAGACAAGUCACAACAGAUGUUUCUUCUUCCGUACAGUCGAAGAAUGAUACAACACCAGCAGCAAUGAUGUGUAUUACAUCUAAUGAUGCAUGUGUGACACCAGCAGAAGACUUGCAAGAUGAUUCAGUUAACGUUCAGUCGAAUAAAGCUACAACAGAUUAUUCCUUUGAACGAGAUCCAAUCAUUGAUUUCGUUACACGUUCAAUGGGUGAUAUAAGUCCUUUACCAUCUCAAGAAACAAAAGUUGAACUAGUUUUUGAUGAAAGUGUAUUGGAGGAUAAUAUUGAACAUGAAAAACUACAAAACUUUACACAGUUGGAUGACACUGAUGAGGUUGUUGAAAACAUGUCAUUAUCCAACAUUUUAAUGACGAUGAAGGUAUAUUGCAUAGUAUUUUUUUAUUCUUUGUGUUGUUGAUAGGUGGCUAAAACACCUUGAUAUUUAUCUAUUGUUUAUGCUUUCUUAGCUUAGUUUUCUUGUAAAUUAUGUAUCUUAUG